AUGAAACGAAUUACUGAUAUUGUUUCGCCAGCUGGCAGCGUUCCUGCUUCAUCACUGAUUGAUCAUUCUAACUCUCGGGAUCGUGAUCAAAAUGAGAUAGUUAUUAGUGGAUUAUUAGAUAAUAUCUCGAAUGAAGAAACGUGUUCAUUGAAUUCCACUUCUAUAUCUAUCGAUCAUUCGCGUGAUUCAGUACUUGAUUUCUCGAUCUGUUCUAAUCCGAUCGAUGAAGCUGCAAUUAUGGAAGAACAACUUGCUGCAACUGGAGAAUUAAAUGAUGAUGUGCUACCGAUUAGUGCUACACUGUCAUCUCGUGCAUCCAAGGACAUUGGACAUUCGUUAACGAACCAAACAAUAUUUACCAGUACUACUGCAGUUGCCUCGACAACCAACAACAAUUGUCAACCGGUGUCACCAGCCUUAUCCUCUUUUGCUACAACCUCCCGUCUACCUCUAUUAUUUAGUAGUGCACCACCCAUUGCUAGUCUUGAAGAUUUGACUAACGGUGAACAAAAUAGCGAUAUCACAUCUGCAAGAAAUAACGUUGCAACAGCAUCAACAACUGUUAGCCGUGCGGGAAUUAGAAGGAGUGACCUCAAAGAGGGGAGAAAAACAGGUCGAGGUCGACGUAUUGGGCAAGAAGAUGAUAAUGGUAAGGAUGGUGACGAUGGUGACAAUGACGGCGACAACGACAACGAUAGCGAUGUCGGUGGCAGAAGCGAUUAUUAUCGGCAAACAUCAGCAGCAGCAGCAGCAGCAGCAUCAACAACAAUAAAACGCUAUAUCAUACACUCAGGCUGGUUCUUCCAACCAUUACCAACACUUUUCCUCCUCCUUCUCAACCUCCGUCUGAUCGUAUCAAUCGCUUAG